ACAGCUCAUAAGCAAUGCACGUUUUCUUCUUAUUUAUUUUUCGAUUUUCGGUUUCUCGGGGCUGUUAUGAAAAUAUUUUAAAGCUCUUGUGUUAAAAAUAAUGGCUCUGGGUGAUGUGGAUGCCAAGCCUGCGAAGAGGAGAAAGCAUGCGCUUUCAUCAAACAAGAAGAAGAAGAAAAGAAUGGGUUCCACCCCGACCGCAGAAGAGUUGGAAAGUCUGCAAGAAGUUGAAAAUUCUUACCAUUCUGGACUUUUCAAAAUGCAGAUUGAUGAACUUUUCAAAGAAAUGAAAUUUGAAGCUUCCAAGAAGAAGAAAAUUGAAAAAUGGCUGCAGAAAUUAGAAAAUACUUUGAUACAACUACCUGAAAGUGAAGAAUGCUUGAUUAAGGAUUUUUCAACCCGUAGUCGUGUCGUUAUUCCAAUCAUCCAAGUGCCCGACAGCGUCAAAGGCACAUUUAAAUUCGUGCCACCGACUUCAGUGAAGAGAAUUGGUAGUUACUUAUUGGACUCUAUUUGUUCACCAAAUCCUGUAAUUGAUAUUGCAGUGGAAAUUCCAAAAGCAUGCUGGCAGAAAUUGGAUUUCUUGAAUCAUCGUUACUUGCGCAAACGGGCAUUUUAUUUAGCCUGCAUUGCUGAUGCGUUGACAAGCUCAAACUUAGUAAGGGAUAUGAAGUUUACAUAUCAGAAUGACUGCUACUUGAAGCCAGUCUUAUUGCUCACUCCAGCUGGUAUAGCAAGUGUGACUGUGUCUUUGACGGCUUUUCCUGAUGAGAAUGCAUUUAAAAUAAGUAGAUUCGUUCCUGCCAGGAAUAAUGUUCGAUCAUCGUGGUUGAUGGACACUGCCGAAGAUGAAGACAUUCCGAAUCCUCAAUACAAUGCGCUGAUUUUAGCUGACAUUCUACUGCCAAAACUACAGCAGUUUCUCACAGAAUCCAUUUCUGCACCAAUCGUAAAAGAUGGACUUCUCUUGCUUAAAUUGUGGUGCUAUCAAAGAGGUUUUCUGAAAGGCCGUGGACGUCUGAAUGGGUUUAUAGUAACACUGUUUCUUGCUUAUUUGCUCAAGAAGGAAAAAAUUAAUCAGUUUAUGAAUGCAUAUCAAGUCUUCCGGUGCACUCUCCUGGCUUUUAGAGAUUUAUUUGAAAACGGCAUCACCUUGAAUGAUGAUCCAAACAACCCUGUUCCAUUUGUCAACUUUAAAGAAAUGUACAAAGUAGUAUUUAUCGAAAGCUCUGGCUAUCUGAAUGUUUGUUCUUCUGUCAGCUUGGAAACUUUAGGAAUGCUCAAGCAUGAAGCUGCUUUGAGUCUGCAAAUUUUGGACAGAGAGUCUCCUGACGUUUUUACUUUUUUGUUCAUGAAUAAAGUGUCAUUUAGCACAAAAUUCGAGUAUCUCCUCCAUUUAAAGGGAGAGAACUUUGAGAGCUAUUGCCAUAAACUUGGACUAAAAAAGGAGCAACUGGAUCUUGCAGAGGAUAAAAUUGGUUGUGUUCUCCCUAAAAUUUGUGAUACCUUGAAAGAAGGUCUUAAUAAAAGAAUUAAAUUGUUGGAUGUCGAGAGAAAAUAUUCCAAAGAUGUUUGGUCUGUGUCCGAGUCUCCUACACAUCCAACUUCAGCUACAGUCACUGUAGGUUUCCUUCUAAAUCCAGAAGUUCCAUUAAAUAACCUGGAAAAAGGGCCCCUUGCUGAUGACCCACAAGCAAAACAGUUUCGAGAAUUUUGGGGUGGACGCUCUGAACUGCGUCGUUUUCAAGAUGGAACAAUUAGGGAAGCUGUUUUCUGGUCAGCAGAGACUAUCGAGGAUAAAAGAAAAGUUUUUCAAAGCAUUGUACUAGACAUUUUUAAAAGGCACUUCAAGGCUACUGAGGCAGACAUCUUUAUGAAUGGAUGUGAUGUCGAUUGUGUCCUUCAUCUACCGAAGAAUGUGUUGUCUUCUGACUUUAAGCCAUAUGGGAGUGGUGAAGAGGCGCACCUUUCUCUCGUCCAUUCGUUCAACAACUUGUCGAAGCAACUCCGCAGUUUGGAUGAUCUACCUCUGGCCAUCGCUUCAGUACAAGGAGCAUCGCCGUCUCUUCGUUUCACAGAGGUGUUUCCACCGCUGUCAGUCAUGCACUCUGUUCAGAAUUCCGCAGUUUUUAGGUCUGGCCAAGUGAUGAAAUUAAACAAAAAUAUAUCCGGUGUCCCUCCUUAUGUUUCUGCUUUGAAAGUUGUGGUCGGCUUUGAAGGUUCCGGAAAAUGGCCGGACGAUCUCGAGGCUAUUAAAAGGGUGAAAACUGCAUUUCUCAUCAAAAUUGCUGAAACCCUGAAGGCAAAAUAUUCACUGACAGCUGUUCCUUUCAUGACACAUGUAGACGUUUUGAAGGAUGGCUUCAUUUUUCGCAUUGAAAUAGCUUGCCACAAAGAAUUGUUUUUAAUGAAACAAACAGAGUUGUCAAAUGGAAUGAAGAAAGUUCAAGAUACCGCUGAAUCUAAAGAGUUGGAGUUGAGAACUUCAAUUAUACCUAAAGUGACAAGUCUACUUCAAGGCCUUCAUCAGCAACACAACUCCUUCGGUACUGCAUGCCGGCUGGCCAAAAGGUGGCUCUCGUCUCAGCUGAUGCACUCGUACAUUCCUGAUGUUACCAUAGAGCUUCUGGUUGCUUAUCUGUAUACCCACCCUGAACCUUACACUUGCCCUAGUGUACCACAAGUGGCCUUUUUGAGGUUCCUUUCUUUGCUUGCCUCUCAUGACUGGGAAGGGUGCCCCUUAAUUGUGAACCUCAACGAUGAAUUGGAAGGUGAAAAAAUUCGAGAGAUCCAUUCUUCCUUCGGUGCUCUUCGCCCCACACUUCCGGCUAUGGUUGUGGUGACUCCUGUCGACGAAAAGGGAAACCUUUGGACUAAAAAUGGGCCGCAGAAGCAGUCUUUAAAGCGCAUUUCCCUUUUGGCUGCCACUAGUUUGGAAAUGAUAGAAAGCGCUAUGUACAGUUUUGACAAAAGUGUUGAUUUUAAGGCUGUGUUCAGGCCAUCCAUUGACUUCUGUGAUGUUGUCAUCUAUUUGAAAAGAUUUGAAAUACCUAAAUUAUGCUAUGCCGUUGAUAUUGAAGACACAGACAUUCUGCCUGAACUGCAGCCUCACAAACCAGAGGUAGAUGAAGCAUAUCCCAUUGUAAAUUAUGACCCUGUUGAAAUCUAUCUGGAGGAGCUUAGAGCAAAUUUUGGUGAAUUGGCAUACUUUCUCUAUGAUACAUAUGGUGGUGAUUUCAUUGCAGUUGUUUGGAAAAAAUCAGCAUUUGUACCAAAGGAAUUCAAAGUGUCCCACGCCACCUAUCGAACGGUUCAGGCAAAUGAUGGUUUGAUUGUUCCAGAUGUAGAGGCAAUCUUGGAGGACUUUAAAUAUUUAGGUGCUGGACUUGUAAAAAAUGUACUGAAAAAAUCCUGAUAUUUGGAAUUUUAUAAAUAAAUCUGCUUUUAUUGUA